AUGCAGCCGAGCGCAAGAGUCGACUUCCUUAUCUCUUCUUCUCCCCACCCUCCACACCAGGAUGAACGCCUUCGGUACGCUGACAAGUGUUGCUUCUGCUUGCUCGUCACUCACAAUUGCUCAGAAGAAUACUUACUCCGUCUUCUAGACGAGGAUGGCGGUGUCCCGGCGCAUCUCAACGAAGCGGCCCUCAAAGCCCUGGAAGAGGCGCCCGUCCCCGACGUUCCUGGGACCGGUGGUGACGAAGACCUGGAGACAAAGUGGAGGGAGACCCACCCUCUCCUCCCGAACCCGAAGACCGGAGUCUGGGAGGGAUAUAGGCUGAAGGACGUCAUGGACGAGUUCGAGCGAGCGGUGGAUUAUGCCCUCCUUGGUCCGGGAUACCGGUGGCCCUCGCAAGGCAUCUACAGAGGACGGAUCUCCCUGUACCUUCGCGACCCAAGGACAAAGAAGAUACGCCCUUACACAGAUGCCGAAAUUGGGGACGAGUUCCGUCGCAGGAGGCUGAUCGAGCAGGCGAUCCAGAGGAGGACGCCGAAGAAGAUCGAUGUACGUGCUCUUCUGGAAUCUACCUACCAGAAGAUACACGCUUACGACCACGCCGACUCUGACGAGGAAUCCGGGAGCGAGUCGUCUGCGAAAUCCUACGCCUCGCACCCCGAGAAGAGCUGGACGACCAAGGAGCUGUUGAACGUAGUCCGAACAGAGAUCUUGGAGGAGAUAGAUCGACAGUCCUACGACGAUGGCAGCUACUCUAACCCUGCCUUUGAAGAUGUAGAUAUCCCCGCCGUCUUGGAUGUUAUUGAGGACGCCGUCAAACGGGGCACAAAGAAGAAGUCGAAAUGAGCGGCGCGAGUGCUUGUGUAUCUUACCGAGCUCCUACAAUGUAGCCUAAAUGAAUCUGUAACCAUCCUUUAUUGCCUGAACUACUUCU